AUGGUGUCCAGACAUGUGAACACUUGUUGCCGACAGAACUCGAGGUCUAAACAGAUGUUUACGCAAACGAUGGCCAAAAAGUUUUGUCUCAACAAAACUCGUGAGUCGAUUGUGUUUAACCAGAAAUGUCUGAUCCAUUUGUCACCGAAACGGCACAACCCGUUGGUGGCCAUUGUCUUACGACAGGCGGCGAAGUUUGUGGCCGUUCUCACCGGGAGGGUUGUGAGGAAGUGGUGGCGAGAAUUGCCACCAAAUAAGAGACAAUUAGUGAUCCAAUGGUUCGCUCGACACAAAUGGAAAUUCGGUUUACUCUUGUUGUCAUCGGUUCUGGCGUUCGUCGCCUACUAUACCAGUCAUUUGGUGGACACUCCCAUCACUGGCCGCAAGCGGUUCAUCGCUUUCACACCGAAACAACUCAAAGAAAUCAAUGAUUACGAGUUUGAGGUCCAGUUGGAGACCUAUAAACACAAGUUAUUGCCGUCGAGUCACGAGAUGUCCAAACGGGUGGCCCGAGUGGCCACUCAACUGCUCAACGCUAACAACGAUUUGCCACAAAUUCACGACAACGAGUGGUCCAUCUCUGUUGUGGACGAUCUCAACAUUAAGAACGCGUUUGUGAUGCCUUCGGGACAGAUAUUUGUGUUCUCAGGAAUGCUCGCCAUUUGCGACAACGACCAGCAGUUGGGGGUUGUGUUGGCCCACGAAAUGGCUCACUGUGUCCAAUGUUUACAUCAUUUACUCUACAAUAACUGA